GCAGUAUCCUUUAAACACUCGAUUCCGUGCGUUCUUUUUUUAAAUACUACCAAGCAUUUUAUUAAAAAUAAUGUAUAAUUAUAAGUUUUUUAAAAUUUAUCGAUUUAUAAUAUUUUUUUUUAUUAUAAAUUCUUUAUAUAUUAAACAAUAUAUACCAUCAGUAAUUGCGGUAGACGCAGUAAUAUCAAAAAUAAAUACAUUAGAACAAAAUCAGCAUCACCAGCAACAAGAGCGCAUUGCUCAAUUAUGUGCAGCACAACAAUCAUGUUCUAGUUGUUUGCAAACUCCAACGUGUAUUUGGUGUGCAGCUGUAAUGGAUAGAGAAAAAAAUAUCGAACCAUCAGUACGUUGUAUAACAAGGAGUAAAUUUAAUCAACAUUGGUGUCCUGGUGAUUCUUCACUAAUUGUAAAUGAUACCUCAAGAAUUAUUAUUGAAAAAGAUAUUCCACUUUCAUCAGUAAAGAGUAAAGAACCAGUACAAAUAAGGCCACAAAAAAUAAAACUUCGUUUAAGAAAAGGUGAAGAGUAUCGAUUUAAAAUAAAAUAUACUCAAGCUGAAGAUUAUCCAGUAGAUAUGUACUAUUUGAUGGAUCUUUCAGCAUCCAUGCAACCUUACAGACAACAUCUAUCUGAGUUGGGUGCUAAUCUUGCAAGUGUUAUGAGAAAUUUAACUAGCAAUUUUCGUCUCGGAUUUGGUAGUUUUGUUGAUAAAGUUAUAUUACCAAUGACUGACACACAGCCUAUUAAAUUAAAAAAACCAUGUGAUUUUAUUGAAGAUAAUAAAAAAACUGACUGUGCAUCACCCUAUGGUUAUAAACAUCAAAUGUCUUUGACAGAAGAUUCAGAUUCAUUUCGGAGUAAUGUUAGAGCAGCGCCUAUUUCGGGUAAUCUUGAUGGACCAGAGGGUGGAUUGGAUGCAAUAAUGCAAUCAAUUGUUUGUACAAAACGUAUUGGUUGGCGACAAAAAGCUCGACAUCUUCUUGUAUUUUCAUCAGAUGCAAGUUUUCAUUUAGCUGGUGAUGGCAAACUAGCUGGAAUUAUUGAACCCAAUGAUUGUCAAUGUCAUUUAGAUAGUAAGGGCUUUUAUUCUCAUUCACUUUUACAAGACUAUCCUUCAAUAUCUCAAAUUAAUAAAAAAGUCGGUCAACACAAUAUUCACAUAAUAUUUGCUGUUCCAAGUACUAAAAAUAAUACAUAUCAAUUAUUAAGCCAAAGUAUCAGUGGAUCGGCGAUUGGCCUCGUAGAAAAAAAUGAUACUGUCAAUGUUAUUAAUUUAAUUAAAAAAGAAUAUGAGAAAUUGGUAGAAUCUGUAAAGAUGAUCGAUAAUGCACCAAAGCAUAUAAGUGUUAAAUAUUUUUCAAAGUGUUUAAAUAAAGUUGGUGAUAAUAAUGAUAACGUUGAAUUGAAACAGCAAUCUAAAUGCCAAGGACUGCGUUUCGGUGAUGUUGUUGAGUUUGAAAUUGUAAUCAAGGCUAUUGAGUGUCCAUCAAGUAGUUUUAAACAAAAAAAAUUUGAAAUAAAGCCAGAGGGUUUAAAUGAGAGUCUUAUUAUUGAAUAUCAAGUAAUUUGUACUUGUCCUUGUGAUAAACCUGGUCAUUCGGGAUUUAAAGCAAAAGCUGAAGAAUGUAAUUUUAGUGGAUCUCUCGUUUGCGGAGUGUGUUCAUGUAAUAAUAAUUUUUAUGGUCAAUAUUGUGAUUGUCACAAUGAUCGUAACAUUGUUAAUGAUGAUAAUAAUAAUAAUAACAAUAAUAAUAACAACAAUGGCCAAGUAUCAAAUGAAAAUAAUAAAGUUAUUAUAAAAGAAGACUGUCGAAAAUCAGCUAAUGAUACUGUCAAUUGUAGUGGUCAUGGUACGUGCAAAUGUGGUAUUUGUGAGUGCCACGUUCGUCCAAAUCCACUAGAAAAAUUCAGUGGCAAAUACUGCGAGUGUAAUAACUUUUCAUGUAAACGCAAUGGUCGUUUGCUUUGCGGUGGUCAUGGUGACUGUGUGUGUGGCACAUGCGAUUGCUAUCCUGGAUGGAGUGGUGAGAGCUGUGAUUGCCAUGAUAACACUACUUGUUUUCCGCUUGGAAAAAAUACAAAAAUUUGCAACGGUCAUGGUGAUUGCAUUUGUGGAAGAUGUCAUUGCAAACUUGAAAAUGAUGUACUUUAUUCUGGUUCUUACUGUCAAGAUUGUCCAACUUGUCCUGGAUUACAUUGUGAUAAAUUAAAGGAUUGUGUUGAGUGUCUUGUAUAUAAUAACGGAGAUGACAAUCUAAUAAAUACCGGUUGUUAUAAUUAUUGCCAUGAUGAAAUAAAUAUUGAAAAAAUUGAUAAAGUACAAAUUAAUUCAACAGAACAUGAAGCUGGUAUAAGAAUGUGUCGUGUACCAACAAAUGAUAGUUGUACUUUUGUUUUUAAAUAUCAACUUGUAAGUAAUCGAGGUGAUAUUUCACUGUUUAAAAUAACGGCACAAGAAAUUAAAGAUUGUCCAGGAGUAUUAUCACCAAUUCCGGUUUUUGGUGUUGCUAUUGGUGUAAUUUUGAGCACCGUAAUAUUAGGAUUUUUGAUUUUAAUGAUUUGGAAAAUUCUCACAAUUGUUCACGAUCAUCGUGAGUUUGCUAAAUUUGAAAAAGAACGAGCAAUGGCGAAAUGGGAACGAGGUGACAAUCCACUAUAUAAACAAGCAACUACAACUUUUUCCAAUCCAACAUUUAUUGAAAUUGUGUAUGCCCAUAAAUCGAUCAGUGUUUCAUAUCAUCUAUUUUGAGAUCAG